AUGGAGGCAUCUGAGAACCAGGAACAAGUGAAAGACACGGCUCUUGCAACGAGCAUACCACGAAUCCGCAUCCCACUUGAGACAUCUGAUAACGUGGGUGGGAAUGGACAUGCAGCUAGCAGGAAAAGGGAUUCAGGUCACUUCAAGGAAACGAAAGCACCGUCCACUCACGAGACCAUACAAGGAAAUGAAAGUCAUAAGAGAUCUCGGCACAGUUACGAGAUAAGGCCCAGACACAAGACCCGCGAGGAUCGCUAUGAGUACAAAGGCCCAUCAUCGGCUGUCGAGACCCAGUCGCAGUCUCGCAAAGGAAGAGCCAAGAAAUCUCGGGGCAGGAGGCACACCAUGAAUGAUGACUUCCACGCUAUCAAUGUUACAGGAAACAGAUUGACACUGCGCAACAACACGAACCUGGGUAUAUUCAGCAAGGGACGUUCUUCUUCUAUACCCAAUCACCAUGGAAAGAUCCCGUCAACCGCUCUUGCAAGACCUGCACCAAGCACCAAGUCUCAUAAGUAUGUUGCAGAAUCCGAUCUUGCCUUUUGUCAGAUUAAAUUUCUGUCCCGGGGGAAUAAUCUCAGCCCGUAUCCCAUGUCGACCGCCAGAGACACUCUGGAUGGACAGGAUGAGAGAGAGUACCAUCCACAAGCGCCACAGUUCGAUGAUUCGACACAUGGCUCCAAGCUCGGUAUGUCUCACUCAAACAACAAGUUGCUUGACGUGGAGCGCCAACUUGACGCCCCAGUCACGCCGCUGUUCACACCUGAAGAGGCGCCCGUCGACACUUCCCCAGUUUCCAGCCACUCUCGGAGUGCUUCCCCCAUUCCCCACAAUAAAAGAAGAAAGAUAUCGAAGCAUUCAUCAUCUAUUCCAUACACUUGGAUUGAAGCUGAGGUCGACAACACGGAACAAAGCGAUUCUCUGGAACAACACCUGCUGAACCUCCUGCAUGUCGGAUUAUAUCCCCAAGCGCUUUGCUCUGAGAUCACAAAUUCUGUCUUGGCAAGACGGUAUUGGAGUCUCGCUGAAUUAUGGGUACUGUUGGAGGAGAGAAAGGCAUCAUGGUCAAAUGAAGCCGGCAACAAAAAGCGAGCUUCACCCGAAGCCAACAUGGGGCAGCUAGCUGCAGCCGAAGCCGCUCCACAGGAUGUUCCCGAGAUAACUGCACCAGACCAUUUGGAUAUUGUCAAUGUUCGUACUGUGCAAGACGAAAUGUCCAAACAAUUCCCGGAUUCGAACGUCGCCUGUGAAACGGCUUGCAGUGUGAACAACGAUCUACCCCAACAAGCUUCGGUCGUCGAGCAACAACAAGACGGGCCACGUCAAGCUUCAGAUAAACCGGGCUGUCUAAAUAUCCAGGCUGCCAGGACAUCAAACAGCCAAGAUCGUUUCAUGAACGCCUUGAAUGAAGAUCAGUGUGAGCCUUUCCCCCAGGAACCGGCAGAAGAUGAAGUCCUUUUUCCUACAUCCGUACCCGAGGUCAAACAACCGCAUAUGUCUGACAUCGAGUUUUAUGAGCUGGGUCGAGUCGAAGAUGAUGAUGAUGAUGUGUUCUAUCGCACGCUGGAUGCUGCUUACUGCGCCAUCGUGCGCCCUGAAGUUGCGGCAGAAGUUGCAACAAACCUACAGCAGUUACUUGAAUCUCCCGAAUUAAAUGGCACUGAACUUCCGAAUACUCCAGAGUCGACUGGUAUUCGAGAUCCCGAUCCUACCCGACAGGUAGAGGCGGGAGAGCCAGAGCUUUUGGCAACGGUAUCCCAAGAUGUCAUACAAGACUGGUGUGAUGAAAGGCCACCUGAGCCUUCUUCUCAUCAAAACUUACCCACGAGUCAUUCGAAUGAUCCAUGCCUUGACCAGAACGAUGAUUUUCCAUGGCUGACUACUGGAUACGGCCAGUCACAACUCCGCGCGUCAACUGGAACCGAUGCGCAACAGAGCCAGCCUCCGGGAUUAUCUGACUUCUGGCGACAGAACAAACUCUAUUGA